AUGACAUUUGUUUCCCGGCCGCUCCAAGAGGAAGCGAAGCCCCUCGGGCGCUCCCCAGGCCCGGAAACGACGGAAGAGGAACCAAAAAUCCCAACCUGGGACCCCAAAAUCCCAACCUGGGACCCCAAAAUCCCAACCUGGGACCCCGAAAUCCCAACCUGGGACCCCAAAACCCCGGCCAGGACAUCCUGGAAUUCCCAAAUCCCAACGGAGAACCCCCAAAUUCCGUCCUGGAUCCCAAAAAUCCCAACCUGGGACCCCGAAAUCCCAACCUGGGACCCCGAAAUCCCACCCAAGACAGCCUGGAAUUCCCAAAUCCCAACGGGGAACCCCAAAAUCCCAACGGGGAACCCCAAAAUCCCAUCCUGGAUCCCCCAAAUCCCAUCCUGGAUCCCAAAAACCCCGCCCAGGACAUCCUGGAAUUCCCAAAUCCCAGCCCAGGGAACCCGGAAGCCCCAAAUCCCACCCGGGACAUCCCAAAAACCCCAAAUCCCAGCGGGGGAAGCUCCUGAACCCCCGGAAAAUCCCAAAUUUCCAACGGCCCCGAAGGGCCCGGAAAGGGAAAAACUGAGGGGGAGAAAAACCGGGAAUUUGGGACCCCCUGACCCCCCUGGGAUUGGGAAUUUGGGGUCCCUCAGAAUUUUGGGAUCCCCCAGGGCAGUUUUGGGGUCUCCAGGUGAAUUUUUGGGCGGUUCCAGGUGGAUUUUUGGGGUUUUCCAGAUUUGUUUCCCGGCCGCUCCAAGAGGAAGCGAAGCCCCUCGGGCGCUCCCCAGGCCCGGAAACGACGGAAGAGGAACCAAAAAUCCCAACCUGGGACCCCGAAAUCCCAACCUGGGACCCCAAAAUCCCAACCUGGGACCCCAAAAUCCCGGCCAGGACAUCCUGGAAUUCCCAAAUCCCAACGGGGAACCCCCAAAUCCCAACCUGGGACCCCGAAAUCCCAACCUGGAACCCAAAAAAUCCUGUUCUAAAACCUUAAAAAUCGCAUUCUAA